ACGAGCACACCAUGAAGAUGGUCGACAAGUCGUCCAAGUUGGUGGAUAAAUUCGCCGUUAUCAGCGGCACCGGGAACACCAGCGGCGCUGGCAGUGGAUCGCUCAACAUGCCUGGCACCGGUGGCGGUGGCAGCGGCAGUGGCGGAGGAGGCGGACUUACCAAUUUUGGCGGAUCCUCCACCACGGCGGGCCUGGGAGGAAUCUCCGGAGCCAAUGGCCAGAAACCGGUGCCAAUGAAGCUAUUCGCCGCCUGGGAGGUAGAUCGAACGCCGCCCAACUGCAUCCCAAGACUCUGCUCGCUGACAAUAACACGGCUGUCCAUUCUAACACCACUACCAGGUGACACCACCUCCCUGUCGCUGGCAGUGAAGAUGCAAAGCUCCAAGCGAACGCUGCGCAGCCAUGAGAUACCCAUCAAUGGCACUGCAUUGACCUCCUCCGCCUCGCUGCAGGGCAAUUCCCCGCUAGUAGCCGGGAUUGGGGGAGGAGCAGGAGCUGGAAUGGGUGGCGGUGGAACACCUGGUAGUGCUGGCACUGGAGGCGGUCUGGGCGUGGCUGUGCCCUUGACGGAAACCGAGCUGGACUUGCACUUCAGUCUGCAGUAUCCGCACUUCAUCAAGAGAGAUGGCAAUAGACUGGUUAUUUUGCUGCAACGCCGCAAGAAAUACAAAUCACGCACCAUUCUGGGCUACAAAACCCUGGCCGAGGGCAUCAUACGCAUGGAUGCAGUGCUCCAGAAGUCAAUGGACAUGAUCAUUGAGCUGACGGCUUCCGGAAAGAACGGCAGACCGGGCACUGUGGUUGCUUGCCUGCGGGCCGAGCGUGUCUCCUCCAUUCCAGUUGACCAUGACAAUAAGAACAACAAUAGCGUCCUGCUGGCAGAUCGCGUUGCUGAGUAUUCCGACGAGGACGAGGAGGCCGAAUUCAGUUCGGGGGAAUUCAACGACGAGGCCAACGAGCUGGGCCUGAUCCGGGAUCCGCGGGAUUACAGCCAUCCGGCCAAACAUGAUAUGCGAAAGUAUCGCAACAAGCUGCAACGCUCCGGUAUCGAGGACUGCGCUCUAGUCGGCCACCAUCCCGGCAGCAUCCAGCACCAUCAUCCCGGCGUGGGCGUUGAUAGCGAUAGCGAGUUCGAGAUGAAGGACAAGAGCUCGUCACGGGCCAAGUUUAGCCGGACCAUCUCACUGCAGCAGCGGAACUUCAAGCAAAAGAUUGUGGCCCUGCUCAAGCGCUUCAAGGUGAGCGAGGAGCUGGAGGGCGAGUCUGGACAUCGCGGCACGGCAGCGUUACGCGGUGAACGGGACUUGGAUGCGCUCUUCCAGGAGCUGGAGUCAUUGUCCUGCUGCGAGGGCGAUGACUCUGGCCCGGACAUGGACAGCAUAUCGGUGGGUUCCACACCCAAGCCAUCGCUGCGUCCGUUCUUCACCAAUUCGAGGAUAAUGCUGCACGACAGCAUCACCGGCAACGGUGGUGACGGUGGCGGUGGAGAUCUCGGACACUUGGCGGGCGGAGGUCCCGGAAUUGGGACAGCAGGCAACUCUGAGCGCCGAUCAUCGGAUAAGAGCGACCAAUUGACCAAUUCAUCUUACAAUCUUGAAAAUAACAAAAACCAAAAAUGCAUUCAUUUAACAAACAAUAACAAUUCGGCAACAACACCAGAUCGCGGCAACGAUAGCUCCGGUAACGAGGGCAAUGCCGGCUAUACGGAUGGACAGAACUCGGAUCCGCAGAACAGUCCACCGCGGGACAAGGAUUACAUGCGACUGCAGCAGAUGCAGAUGCAGCAUCAACAGCAACUGACUCCGGUGAGCUCGGUGGCUGCCAGUUUGGGCAGCGGCAGUGUGGUCACUCCCGCCCAGACGGAGAAGCGAUCUCGGCUGUUCCGGACAUCCAGCAAUACGCCAGGGAUUAUGGGAAGCGGCGGCGGUGGCAACAAUUCCAGUGCUAGCGGGAGUGCCUCCGGUGGCGGCAAACGGAAGCACACAUUGAGUCUGAGUGCAGAGCCAAGAUCCAUGCUGGAGACUUGCCUGUCGCCUACCAACGUUGAGCCACGCAAGCUGCUGCUCGACCAGCUGAGUCGCGUGUUUGCCGGCGAGGACAGCGCCAUACCGGAGGUGGUGACCAUCAUCAGUCCGCCAGAGGCGCUGGGCGGCAGUGUUUUGCUGGCCAAGCUGGUCACGCUCUUUGCCAAUUCCUUUAAGCCGGCCUUCGUGCCCCAGAACACGGCCGAGGUGAAGGCGGUGCUGCAGGCGCUCAUGGCUAAAAUUCAAAAGUAUUGCAAUUCGAAUGCCAAGCCGCCGCACACGGUCAAGGUGCUUCUCAUUGGUGGGGAUUGGCUGCAGGGAGCCACCCUGAGGCAUUACGUGGAGCUGAUGGGAGUGCGGCCACCAGACUGGCUGAAUCAUCUGCGCUUUUAUUUGGUGCCCGUCGGUGGCACCUGCGGCAGUGUGGCGCGACAUCUGAGUCAGAUGGAUCAGGCCUAUGCCGCCAUGUUCGGUUCGGAUAACUGGGCGCAGCUGUGCGAGCGAGCGGCGGCCACAGCAGCGGCGGUAAGUGCGGUAACCACAGUGAAUGCCACGGCCCUGACGGCAAACUUGGCCGAUGCGGCAGGUGUAGCGAAGUCAGACAUCGCUGAAUUGGUACAGCGCAUUCAGCGUUAUUUGCAUGCGGCUGGACCCUGCACCCAAAUACCCAUCGCCGAGGCCAUGGUAAACUACAAGGACGAGGACUCCUGCCAGAUCUUUGUGCCGUUCGUCAGUGAUGUUCGCAUUGGUUAUCUCGACGCACAGGCCUCGCUGGAUCUUGAGGAGAAUGCUGGUGGCUCCAAUGCCGCCGGCAGCGGAUUGGGCUCUGCAUCUGCCUCCAGCACGGCCAUUAUCCCGAUUGGCAGCCAGAGCUCGCCGAAUGUGCAUGGCGUCGUGGUGUCUGGAUCUCCGCCCCAGCAGCAGCAGAGCAUGGGACGCAUCUCGCCGCCGCUGCAGACACCGCCGUCAUCGGCUUCCUCGCAUCGGGAACGCAAUACCAGCGAGUCCCUGAGCACUCCUUCCUCACUGCAGCAGCAAACUUUCAGCGGAGCGCUGGCAGCAGCCGAGGCGGUGGAGCUGCAGGUGGACUACUGGCCGCUGGUGAGGCCGGGAGAGGGACAUGCCAAGGAGUCGAAGAGCGGCACGUCCAAGGGCAGCGAUGCCGGCGGCAAGAAUAGCAUUAAGAGUACGUUUAGGAACCUGCAGGUGUGGCGACUGCCACAGCAUGCACAGCAAUUGGGUGAUAUGUUCAAUGGACUGACUGUUAGUUUCGCCACUAAGGAGAAGAAGCAGAAGCAAAUUAUGCGCUUGGGUAAGAAGAAGGAUAAGGAGCGUGAUCUUGAGAAGGAGCAGUGCGUCGAGGGUGUGGCACGUCUGAUUUGCUCACCCAAGCAAUCGCAUCCAGUGCCACUAAGAGUGUACAUCGAUGGCACCGAGUGGACGGGCGUCAAGUUCUUCCAGGUAUCGUCGCAAUGGCAGACGCAUGUCAAGAACUUCCCCAUUGCGCUCAUCGGCUGCACACCCAUGUCCUGUGCUGAACUAUCCUAGUCAUUUUAAAACCCCCGAGCUCACGCGACGGCAAGGCCCCCGACUCACCCUCCUCCUCCUCACAAAAGGACACAGAUACACAAAGCAGGGGAGCCAAAGCCAGUCACUUGCGCGGCAAUAAAUAUAUAUAUUUAAAACUUAAAAGAAUGAUUAUUUAUAUUUAUAUAAUUAGUAUUUGUAAAUUUUUAGUUAAUAAACCAGAGUCUAGCUUGUAA